AUGCAUUGUGGUAUAAACGCUACAUUAACACAAAUUCGCAAAAGAUUUUGGAUAAUAAAAGGGCGCCAGCUGAUCAAGAACGUACUGGGCAGGUGUGUGGUGUGCAGACGGCUACAUGGCAAGAGCGCAUCCGAACCUUGGACAACUCUACCAACGAAUCAAUUGACUACAAGCAAAGCAUUCGAAACAACAGGACUGGAUUUUGCUGGUCCGCUUUAUAUAGCAACAGAAGAGGGACCAAGCAAUCGUAAAGUCUACAUUAUGCUAUUUACUUGCGCUGCUAUACGCGGUGUACAUUUGGAGCUGGUAGCGGAUAUGACUGUCGAAAGCUGCAUAGGUGCGCUUCGUAAAUUUGUAGCAAGGCGAGGACCGGUCAAAACUAUAAUAUCCGACAAUGCAAAGACGUUCAAAAGAGCCAGCCUGGAACUGCAGAAACUGGAGAAGUUGAUGGAAAACAGCAAGAUUCAGCAAUAUGCGGCCAAUGGAGGUAUAAAUUGGCAGUUCAUCCCAGAACGAGCAGCCUGGUGGGGCGGAUUCUGGGAAAGACUUGUGCGCACUGUAAAAGGCUGCCUAAGAGCUGCCAUUGGAAAAGCUAGCCUUAGCAAAACAAACUUGGAGAUACUGCUCACCGAAGUGGAAUGCGUAGUUAACCAAAGACCUCUUACGUACAUCACCACUGACUCUAACGAUUUAGAGCCUCUCACACCAGCCCACUUUAUGGGAGAGGCCAAACUACUAGGUGGCGAAGGCUUCACGACAGGUGGAAGCAAUUUGGCGCAAAUGUGGCACCACAGAACCAAUUUGAUGCAGCGCUACAUAAAGCGUCAAAACCGAGUCGAAGCUUAA